CCCGCCAUGCCAUCACUCACAAGCAGGGAUCUGAACAUUAGAAAUGUAACCCACCACCCCAGACAGCCUCCAGACCUCAGAGGGAGCUGCUGGAGAGGAGACUUUCCACUUCAAGACUCAGCACUGACACAAACUGCUGGCAGCAAGAGCCCCAAAACCAAACUGAUGGCUGACAGAGGUCCUCAGGGUAAAUCCGAAGGCUAAACCUCCUUGCAAGUCCCAGCAUCCUGUCGGGGCCAGAGGAAUGUCACAAUGCAGAGUCCCUCGCUGAGCCUGUCUGGGUCUGCCUAUGGAACCACACCUGUGUUUACCAAGGGUCUACAAAACGUAAGAGCCACCAAGGGUCAGCUGGUGGUGUUUGAGUGCCGUGUUCACUCCAGUCCCCCCCUGCAGGUUCACUGGUACAGGGAAUACGACCAGAUCCUGGAUUCUGCCGAUUUCCGAACCCUGAGGAAAAAGGCUUGUUCAUCAGCAGUUCCUGAGGAAGUCUGCACCCUGGUUAUUACAGAAGCUUUUCCAGAAGACUCUGGAAUAUUUAAAUGUGUUGCUGAAAAUGAAUUUGGGUCUGCAGCAUCCAGUGCACAUCUGUCAGUUUCCCCAGGAGCUAAAGAGCUGGAAAGCUUUGGAGGUGCUGCCCCCAGGCCGGCUGUGCAGGUCACCAUGAAGAAGCCCAGCUUUCCCAGGAGCAGCCAAGCAGGAGCCAAGGAGCGUGGGGCAGCUGCUCUGCCACCCUACAGCCCAGAGAGCCCCGGGCUGGGCACUGCAGCCUCCAGCUUUGGCCAGAAGGGCUCCAAGAGCCAAGCUGAGGAGUUCCAUGGAGCCUUUGAGAACUCACCUCGGGCUUCGCCUCUGCGGGAAAAUCCACUCCAAGAAAGCCUCUAUUCUGCAAGGCAAGGGUUCCAUUCUAUCCAGGAGCCCAGCCAGGAAAACUUUUGUGGCCUGUCACCUAGCUUUUACCAGCCACCUAUCCAAAGCCAGUUAUCACCAACAAAAACCCAGGACAGCCGUGAAACCUCUCCUAUGAGUGUCCCUAAUCUCCCAUCCGUUUCCUCUAUGUGCCAACCAACCAUGUUUAACUACGAACGUCCAAAACAUUUUAUCCAGUCUAAGAACGUGUGCCAAGGGCAACAGCAGCCUCCAGGACCUGCAGCCUCCACAGAGCCAAGCAGAGAAAUCAAACAGUCCUCCAUCCUCAUCCAGCCUCGUAACCCCAGCGGGCAGAAAUUCUCCUCCUCGUCAUCGCUGAGCUCUUCAAUCACGCUCUCCUCGCCUUCCUGUAGUGCCCCUAAGGAAUCCACCUAUCCCAUCACUCCUGCAUCUGCACAGUCUCCUGCUAGCUCAUCAUCUGGGCAGAGGCUCCUGCCCAUGCCUAACCAAUCCCCCGCAGCCUUCCUGUGCUCCGUGCUCCCCUCGCAGCCCGACUAUAACAGCCCAGCUCCUUCUCCCGUGGAACCUCCUUACUCACAGCCCAUGUAUAACAAACAAGCCAGCAUCAACUCUAUGCAGAAGACAUCAGACCAAGAAAUUCGAGGAACAAAGGAAGCCCUCAUCCAGGACCUGGAAAAGAAACUGAGAUGCAAGGACAGCCUCCUCCAGAACGGCAACCAGAGACUGACUUAUGAAGAGAGGAUGGCUCGCAGGCUGCUGGGACCAGUGAAUGCUGCCUCAGUGCUGGACACACAGGGUGAAGACAGCCUGCAGAAUGCACAGCACCAGAAUGCAGAAAACAUCAGGCUGCAGGUUCCCACAACACACGUCAGGAGCAGACCAUCCUCUAGAGGUGAUGAUCGUGGACAUGACUCAAUCCAGGAGAAGUUUUUUCAGCCACGUUUCACACAAGUGCCUGAAGAUGUGGUGAUUGAGGAGGGACGGUUCUGCAGGCUGGACUUCAAAGUCAGUGGGCUGCCAACUCCAGAUGUGAUGUGGUACCAGAAUGGAAGGAUGGUUCAUCAGGAUCAGUUCCAUAAAAUGAUAGUGUCAGAAAAGGGGUUCCACUCUUUCAUUUUUGAAGCAGUCAAAUCAGCUGAUGCAGGGACGUACGAAUGUGUGGCUGUCAACCGUGCAGGAGAAUCAUCUUUCACAGUAAAAGUGGAAGUAAUUGCUAAAGAACAUCACAUGCCUCCAACUUUCAUUUUCAAGCCACAAAGCAAAAAGGUUUUUGAAGGAGACACAGCCAGGCUGGAAUGCCAGAUCUCUGCCAUCCCAACCCCUCGGAUUUACUGGAAAAGAAACAACGAAAUGGUACAAUAUAAUACAGACCGAAUAAGCUUGCUCCAUGACAACACUGGAAGGAUUUGCCUCCUGAUCCAUAAUGCAACCAAGAAGGAUGCUGGCUGGUACACCGUGUCUGCUGUCAACGGGGCAGGGGUGGCCACGUGCCACGCCAGGCUAGAGGUUGCAACACAUACAAACAAGCCACUUCCAGCCCCAAAGCAGUUACGGGUUCGACCAACUUUUAGCAAGUAUUUGGCACUUAAUGGAAGAGGACUGGAUGUGAAACAAGCUUUCUCACCAGAAGGGGAGUUUCAGCGUUUGGCUGAGCAGUCUGGACUGUAUGAAAGUGAUGAACUUUAACUGGAAAUGAAGAGGAAAACCUCACACCCCUAAGAGACAGUUACAACAUAGAUGCAGUUAACUGGUGAUUGCUCUAAUUAGCAAAAUACCUACUUGCAUAUUUUUACUUUGACUCCUGCACAUUCAGCUGUUCCUGUUUUACCAUGUUAGAUUUUAUUUAUAUGGUUUGGUGACUGUAACCAUUGCUGAGUAUUGCAUUUUAACUAGAAAUCCUAAGAAAGCAGGUGAAUUAGUUUUAACAAGUGUGGGUGGCUUAGUUCCACCUGUGCUUGGUCACAUGCUAAGGUAGCUUGAUUUGUACUGCUUCUCUAAUAUCACUCGUGAUAAUAUCAGAAGUCUGUACUGUCUGAAUACUAAAACCAAAUAGAGUAGAGUGUUUUUAUGGGAAUAAAUUAGAGGCAAAUAAAAUUUUAAAUAACCAACAUCA